CCUCUUAGUGAGCGGAGCAUUUGUGGCAUCAUUCACGGAUUUUAAUUGGAGCAAUGUGGUUGUUUCGAAACGUAGUGCAGUGAGUGUAUAGCAAAUCAAAACAGUCAACGGGUAAAAGCGUAGAGACGAAUUUGUUGUCAGAAACGUACUAUAUGCAGCAUAUACUUAAAUAAGUGUUUGAAAAAAAAAAAACAAAAAUAAAUUUGUGAAGCAACGAAAUAAAAAAAUAAGAAAUCUACUAAGCCAAAAAUGCAUAUUCACCCGAGCUCGCCCAACGUGGACUUUAAUCCAACAAUUCAGACGGAAGAAAAUGCCGCCAUCAAAAUACAAGCUGGAUUUCGUGGUUAUCGCGUAAGAAAGCAGAUGCAACAUCAGCCACAAGCCAAUGCACCAAAUGGUCAAUCUCAGCGCUGUCAGCAGAAAAUUCAGGAACCGUUCCAUACGAGCAUAAAUAUUCCUACUCCACAAAAUAUCACCUCAACCUCGAGUUCAAAUAGAUCAACUCCAGACAUUGAGAAUCGAUGUGCAACAAAAAUACAAGCAAGUGUCCGAGGAUUUUUGGUACGAAAACAGCAAAAGGUUGCUAUUAAUGCAGCAACAAAAAUACAAGCGAGCUUUCGUGGAUUUAAAGCGCGCAAAGAGACAGAUAAAUUGAAACAGAAAUAAAACUAAUUUAAAUUCCAAUUCUGCGCAUUAUCGGCUGUGUGCCAUUUGAUGGCGUCAGUUAAGAUUUAUUUCUAUUCCUCUUCAUUGAAAUCGUUUAAGCGCUAUGUACUCCGAUACAUGUAUAUUUGUAUGUAUAAAUAUAAAUUUAAGAUAUAACUCACUUUUGUAUAAUACGCAAUAACAAUAAUAGUUGUAGAAUCCCCGUCAAUUUAACCUAUGCAUAUGCAUACGCUAAGAACUUAAAAUUAUAUAUAAUACAUACAUCAAUAGCUUUUUAAGUUUGGGUGCCUCUGGAUGGAUAUGUCGAGUGUUAGCUUGUUAGAAAGUGUGAGCGUUUAAGUUUUUACGCUUCAUAUAUGUAUGUAUGCAUAUAUGUAGCUUUAAUGGCAAGACAUAUUUCUUACUUAAAUGUUCGUCAAUGAUAACAUAUCUGUCAAAAUAAAUAAUGAUGUUCAAUACAUAUAUACGAACAUCCAUA